AAUUUACUAUUUUUGUAGUUAUGCAAGUCAUUAUCUUCAUUGAGAAGGUAUUCGAGUGCACUAGGGAUUGUAAAAAUCAGCUUAAAACUGGAUGCAUUACCUGUUCAAAUAAAGAAGGAGCUUCGGACUAUUGGAGCUCAAUUAGAAGCUUUAAUUGCUGAUCCUGCACACGGGUGGGAUUUAGUACGUGACUUUGUAAGUCGAGACCCUUACAGUUUUUCUGCUUGGAAUCACUGCUACAAAGUAAUACUCAGAAUGAAUCGACUAUCAAGACGCAACAAACUCCUUCAUUCCAUGAGAGUGAAACACAAAGAUUCUAUACCACCUAUUCUUAUUACCGGUCACCAGUUUACUAUGAUCAGUCAGCAUCAGACUGCUGCUCGAGAAUACUUGCACGCCUAUAAACUGAUGCCUGACAAUCCCUUGAUCAACCUUUGUGGAGGAACUGCCUUGAUAAAUUUGUCCCUUGGCCUCCGACUUCAAAACAAGCACCAGACUUUCUUACAAGGGCUCGCGUUCCUCUAUAACAACUUGCGCCUUUGUGGAGACAGUCAGGAGGCAUUGUACAACAUUGCUCGGGCGUACCAUCAUGUUGGCCUUGUUUCUUUGGCUGCUCAAUACUACGAGAAGGCACUGACCACCCGCGAAAAGGAUUAUCCCAUUCCAACGCUCCCGUAUGAGAAUCAAAAUGCCACCAAGAUCAAAAUGCCAGGCUACUGUGAUCUUCGUCGCGAAGCAGCUUACAAUCUUCAUUUGAUAUAUAAGCAAAGUGGGGCAUUUGAUCUUGCUAGACAGGUCUUGAAAGAUCAUCUUGUGUUAUGAUAGUAUAGUUUUUAUGCAGAGAAACUAGGAUAGAACAAAGCAAACUAAAUGUUUUAGUUAACACUUGAAUCUUUUAUUUAUUUUGUAAUCCCCUUUUUUUCCCAUAUAUAUGUAGCUUUGCCAGUCUCUA